CUCGUUUCAUGACAGUGCCUGAAGAUCGCUCUUUAGCGACCCUAGACACUGAAAAAAAAUCCGUUGACGAUGAAGAAUCGAGAAUAAAAAGUCCUGGGCUCGACGGCACAAUAGAGUUUCAUAAAAACGACAACAUACCACAACAGAAUACUCCCGAUGAUAUUACUCUGCAGUCCACCAAAGAAAGCGAAAUAUCAGCCGUCGACAAAGUGUCAGAUAGCGCUGUAGACAUAGCCGCUGAGAACAAUACUGAUGUUAAUGAUAUAGAUAGCCCACUAUCUAAGCGGCGAAGGCGAAGGCAGGCACUCCUCAAAGCACUAUAUAUAAUCCUAUUCAACGCUGCUAUACCCAUCGGCCUAUAUUAUGCUCUAAAGCCUCACAUACCUGCUGUUUGGGCAUUGGUAGCUUCGACUGCACCAACUAUUAUUUCCGUCAUUGCUCAAGCUGCUAUUGCUCGUAGAUUGGACAUGAUUGGAGUUGCCGUAAUUUUCGGCUUCAUAUUAUCCGUCAUUUUGGCCGUCGUAAGCCAAGAUCCGAAAUUAUUGCUACUGAGAGAAUCAUUUGUCACUGCCGGAGUUGGUGGAGCUAUGCUUGUAACCCUUAUACCUGUAAGGUACAAAAGCUUUGAAUUAAAGCCUAUCUUGUACUAUUUUGCAAAGGACCUGAUACCAAUGCAACCCAUCACCCGUUCGGAUGGCCAGAUGGAACCUCGACUAGAAUUUUUCUGGAGAACAUCCAAGACGUUUAGACGCCAUAUUCGAAUCCUUACAGCACUAGACGUUUUCACAUUGGAGUGCGAAUUUGGACUGAAGCUCUUUUAUAUCCUUCACUUUGAUUUGGACAAGACUGUUGUGUUGUCGAACAUUACCCUUACCAUUGUAGGCAUCGUUGCCACUCUCUGUACAAUUUAUUACGCUUUCUGGAUUCGAAAGAAAGUCAAGCAAGAAGAGCCUGAAUUAUUAGCAAAGGAUACUUUAUCGGGCGCUUAGUGCUCCCGAUCUUUCUUUUUGCCAAACUUCAUAUAUCCAACAUCAGACACAGAUGGCAUUCAAUGGGAAGUCAUCCCUCUACAUUUACGAAAGUGGCUCUGAUUCGUAGUUAAUAAACCAACGUCCUACGUCUAGAAUAUAACAUUGCUAAGCGUAGAAUAAGCGCAUAUACUGUACAUCAUUUCUCAUUUGUUACCCAUUUCUUCAAUAACAAAGUAAAAGAAUCCCCGAAAAGGAAACAACCUUGACAUCUGUAACUUCUUUCUAUGACGUAACCCAUAUCUCAAUACCUUG